UAAGAAUGAUUGCAAGAAGAAUCUUCUUUGUUGUUUAACUAUGGAGUUGACGUUGAUUGAUGCAAUAUUUAUUUCUUGCAUUAUUGUUUUUACUGAGUUUGGAUUGUUAUUGUUUUGUGAAUUUAUGCGAUUAUUGGCCAUUGAGAUUGAGAGUCUGCGUGUUUCUAGCGUUAAGCAAAUUACAAGCCCUUCAAACACUCAAUGUUUCUGGUACGGAAUUCAAUAAACAUGGAUUGGAAAUCGUUGUUGAAGAUUUGCCUUUCUUAGAGAGUCUCGAUAUAUCUUGUACUCGUGUGGAUGAUAUAACACCCCUAAAAAAGUGUAAAGAUCGAUUGAAAAAUCUCUCAAUGUACAAUUUGAAAAUAAGUGGCUAUGGAAAUUUGAAAUCAGUGCUACUGGAUUUAAAUGAAUUGAGGCAUCUCGAUAUUUCUGAUGAACGUGAUGCUUACACAUUUGAAAUGUUUGCACCGGUGAGAUCGAAGAUAACAGAUCUACUUCGCACUGUUCACUGUAUGCCGUACUUGACAAGCUUAGAUAUAUCCGGAAAAGAUGAAAUUGAAGUUAAGGAUCUCAAGGAUUUUAUAAAAGCCCAUCCAUAUCUGGAAUUUUUGGGGCUUGUACACUCCGAUGCAUGCUAUGAUGAUAGUCUCGCUAAUCCUGCUAAUAAAGAUUUUCGACAUAAUCUUAUGGUAAGCGGUAUGGCAACAGAGGCACAAAUCCUUGAAGCACUCCGAAGAUACCCCCAUAGGCCAAUUUACGUACAAAAAUGUCUCUACAACUUGUUUCGCUUAACACCACAUUUCAGCGAAGCACGUGUAGACGUGAUAAAGCUUGUACUACCUGGUAUGCGGGCUCAUCCCGACGAAUUUCGCGUCCAAAUGGCCGCCACAGCUUGCCUCUAUAAUUUGACUAAGGGUGAACUAGCAACACGAAUUCAUCCAAAUAUUCUCAAGCAGAUUGUAGAUCUAACAUUAAUUGCAAUGGAGUCCUAUCCAAAUCAUUAUCAGUUACAAAAGAAUACCCUGCUCACACUCUGCAGUGAUAGGAUUCUACAAGAUGUCGCUUUCGAUAAAUACAGUUCAGUCAGGCGGAAUUGCAAUGGACUUGGGCAAUUAUGUUUUCGAUGACGAUGAGGAAGACCUCGAUUCAAUUUUGAAGCAGAUAGAGUUCGGCGAUGAUGACGUUGAAGAAAUGGAACCCAAUUACGAAGCUCCAUCAUCAUCUAAGAUCCAAAACAAUUAAAAGCAUUAUGACCCCAGAUCUCACUGCAGUUUUGGACACAGCUAAAGUAAGCGAUUGAAUGGCGGCGCGAGUGUUAGCAGCCAGCCUAAUUGCAGCCGGAAUGAAUUUGGAAGAUAUCCAUACAAGCCGGGAGACUGUUCGACAAAGUUGGAUCAAAAAUCGUGAGUCUCUAAACGAUGCUAUACGAGAUCAUGUAACGAGGAGGCUAUGCCAUGUCAUGACUGUUCACUAGGAUGGUAAGCAACUACCAACGCUGGAAGACAAAAAUGAAAAAAUUGACCGCCUUCCAGUCCUGAUAUCGGGUUAUGGAUGGCACCAAUUACUUGGUGUCCCCGGAAUUGUACGAGGAUCUGGGCAGUUGCAAGCGGAAGCUGUGUAUAGCUGCUUGAAAGAAUGGGACGUUCUUGAUGAUGCAUGCGCCAUGGUAUUUGAUACUACUGCUAGUAAUCCCGACCCUAUCAGCGGCGCAUGCAUUAUAGUGAAUCAUAGCAAAAUUCAACUUGCUAUCCCCAUUUUUUCUCGUUAUCGUGCGUGCAAUAAUAAAAAAAUUGAAACUAGUUGAUAUUCCAAUUUUUGUGUCCGCUAGAGACCGAACAACGAUGUCGAAGUAGAAAAAGAAGAAAAUCUAUAUAUCUCCAAAACUUUAUAUGAAUGGGUUUAUAUAUUUUGAUUUAUUAAGAUAGGAGACAUCAAGACGAAUAUUUAAAAAAAAAAUAUUGAAAUCGGUUGAAUAUUUUUCGAGGUAUUCGGGAAAAAGCAUAAAAAAACAAAUCGCUAUUCCGCAAAAACUAAUGGACGGAUUCAGCUGAACUUUGAUGUAGAGUUAGUCCCAAAUUAUACCAAUAAAUUGACAAAAUUUCAAUUUAUUUGGGAUGAUUUUGCCUAUUUAUUCGUCAAUUUUAAGAAAAAGUAACCAACGACUGGAUAUCACCCGCGCGGAAGAAAAAUACAUGUCGAAAUAUAUUUUGCAUAUAUCUGAAUGGUAUGACAUAUAAAACGGCAAAAAAUGUGGAAUGCGAAAUAUAUGUGAAAUAUGUGUGACAAAAUAUAAAUCAGGCAAAUAUAUUUCGCAUGUUCUUCAAUCAUAAAAUGACAUAUUUGAGGCAUAUAUGAGAUAUAUUUUUCCGACAUAUAUGUAAAUAGGCAAAAAAUGAUGUAUGUCACAUAUAUGUUACAUAUAUAUGACAUAUAUUUUUUGGUAAUAUGCGCACAUAUAAUCUUCGCAUACUGUUCCGUGCGG